AUGCCUCCCAAGCGUGGGAAAAAGCGAAAAACUACUCGUGAGCCCGGCGCCGACGAGGCGAGUCACGAAGAGCCGUUGUCGCUGCCGGACAAGACGACGUGGCCGGGAUGGGUGGAGAUGGAGUCCGAGCCUGCCUUCUUCAACGUUAUGCUUCGAGAAAUGGGUGUUCGCGGCGUGAAGAUUCAGGAAGUGUACGGCCUGGAUGAAGAAAUGCUCGCCAUCCUACCUCGACCAAUCCAUGCAUUAAUCUUCCUGUUCCGCUACAGAGACACCGACCAAGCCGAACAGCAGAAAGCUAGCGACUACCCUGAGUACAUCUGGUUCGCUAACCAGAUCCCCGACUUCGCCUGCGCCUCCGUCGCCCUACUCAACAUCGUGAACAACAUCAAAGGUCUCCAUAUCGGCAAGGAACUGCGUGACUUUCGCGACUUCACAUCUCCCAUGGAUCCCAUGAGUCGCGGCGAUGCCAUUGACAGCUUUGAUUUCGUGAAGCAUAUUCACAACUCGUUUGCGACCGAGACGGACUUGCUCAUAGCCGACAUGCAUGCCAAACAGAAAGCGAUGCGUGCAAAGAAGAAGCAAGCGCUUGCCAAAGCACGGCAAACACGAGAAGCAAAGAAGGCGGGUACCCUGCCACUCGCGGAGAAGUCUGCCAAUGCCUCAUCCAUCCCAACUCGAACAUCCCAGCGUACACCAAAGAAGAGCCCGCAGCCUGCUCCCACCGCAUCAAACGAGUCGAGCCCACUCUCAGACCCUCCCGACUCAUCGUCAGAAUUCGAAACGCCAAAAAAGCCAACCACAACGAAAGACAAAAUCACAACCACCCCCCGCCGCUCAACUCGCAAAGCCAAAACCCGCCAGACCCUGCAAACCUCCACACCCGAAGAUGACGACGACGACAGCGAAGGCUUCCACUUCAUAGCGUACAUGCCCAUCCAAGGGCACGUCUGGAAACUCGACGGGCUCGACAGCUUCCCGCAAGACAUCGGAGCGAUCGACGAAGCGGCUGGAGGCGAUUGGAUCAACAUUGCGCAGCCUGCGCUGCAGACUCGUAUGGCGAUGUAUGAAGGCGCGGACAUUGAUUUCAACCUCAUGGCUGUUGUGCACGAUCCCGUGCUCAAAGAUCGCGCGGAGCUGGCUGAGAAUGUGAAGGCGCUGGAGACGGUGGAGAAGAAGUUGAACGCCGCAUCAGGUGACUGGCGAGCUCAAAUCGGCAUGCUGGACGACGAAGGCGUACUUUCAGGGCCGUCAGCUGCGCUUGACCUAUCGCGGGAAGACAUUGAUGCGGUACGAGAUUCACCGCCAUUCACCAACGAAGAAAUCGGCCUCGUCCAGUUACUCGAAAUUCGGAAACAAGUGGUAGCACAGCAAGCACCGCUGAGAGGAGCUGUGAGGGACGCAAUGGAGUCUGCAAAGGCGGACGAGGAGAGGGCGAGGCAUCGACGACACGAUUACGGCGCGUUCGUGAGGACCUGGCUGGGUGCGCUGGCGGAGGAGGAAGCUCUGAGCGGUCUUCUGGAAGACGCUUGA